AAAGAAAAAAUGAUGCCUGCAUGCAGCAAAAUUAUUUGUUUCAGUAAACAUUUAAAUUCGUUCAAAAUUUAGAAUUCUUAUCAUUUAGAAUUGAUAAAUUAACUUUUUACUGACCAUCAUGUAUAUACGAAACGCCAAGCCUGAUGAUCUAAUAAACAUGCAACAUUGUAAUCUGCUUUGUUUGCCAGAAAAUUAUCAGAUGAAAUACUAUUUUUAUCAUGGUCUUUCUUGGCCACAAUUAUCCUAUGUUGCUGAAGAUGAUCAAGGUCGUAUCGUUGGCUAUGUUUUGGCAAAAAUGGAAGAAGAAUCCGAUAUUGCACAUGGCCAUAUUACAUCAUUGGCUGUGAAACGAACAAAUCGUCGUCUUGGUUUGGCACAAAAAUUGAUGGAUCAAGCAUCAAGAGCAAUGGUUGAAUGUUUCAAUGCUCGUUAUGUAUCAUUACAUGUACGUAAAAGUAAUCGUGCUGCGUUGCAUUUGUAUCAAAAUACACUGAAAUUUGAAAUAAGUGAAGUGGAACCCAAAUAUUAUGCCGAUGGUGAAGAUGCUUUUGCAAUGAAACGUGACCUAGUCGAAUUCGCACGUCAAAAUGGUAUCAAACCAAGUGAUCCGACAUUUUUCGAUAUCAAAAAAUCUGAUAAAAAAAGUAACAAUAAUCAUCAUAGCGAAUGAAUUUUUUGAAAUUUUAAAUAUACAAAGAUUUUGGUAUCAUUUUAUUACUGAAAUAUCAAUUGCUUAUUACAUAAGAAUAAUAAAAAAUUCUUUUAUCAAUA